AUGGUGGGAUUGGAUGUUUUGGAGGAAUCUGGAGAGAAGAUGAGCAAGAAACAGGCAAAGAAGCUAGCCGCUAAACAGCAGAAGUUGCUCCGUAAACAGGAACGAGAAGAAGACACAUCAUCAUCAUUAUCUUCUCUUUCUGUGGAGGAGGAGGAUGAAUCUUCUUCCAGCAACUACGGUGACGUGACUCUCAACGAGUUGCAGUCGGCCGCAGGUACAAGCUGGAGAGAGCUCACUCAUGUGAGCAACUUGGUUGAAGAGAUUGUGGGGUCAGAGGUUUCGAUCAGAGGUCGAGUGCACAAGAGACUCGCUAAAAAAAUGUUUGUGACCUUGAGGGCAAGUGGUGGAGGAUUCACGGUUCAAUGCGUGGUGGAGGAGGCCAGAGUUGGUGCAAACAUGGUUAAAUUUGUUAAGCAGCUGAGUCUUGAAUCCGUUGUUGAGGUCAUCGGUGUCGUCUCCUCUCCCCCUAAGCCUAUCACAGGAACCACUCAGCAGGUUGAAAUACUUGUCACGAAAAUGUACUGCCUCAGCAAAGCCUCGCCAGAUUCACCACUUGUUGUGGAGGAUGCUUCUCGAAGUGAAGCAGAUAUUGAAAAACUUGAGAAGGAUGGUCAACCAGCUCCUCGUGUCCUACAGGACACACGUUUGAACAAUAGGGUUCUUGACUUGAGAACACCGGCUAAUCAAGCCAUCUUCAGUAUUCAGGACCAAGUCGAAAUUGCGUUCAGAGAAUUCUUACACUCCAAGGGGUUUCGUGGAAUCCACACACCGAAACUGAUGGCUGGAAGUAGUGAAGGAGGUUCUGCUGUAUUUAAAUUGGACUACAAAGGGAAGCCUGCUUGCUUGGCUCAGUCUCCUCAGCUUCAUAAGCAGAUGGCUAUAUGUGGUGACAUGCGAGGCGUCUUUGAGGUUGGUCCUGUUUUCAGAGCUGAAGACUCCUUCACUCAUAGACACCUCUGUGAGUUCGUUGGUCUUGAUGUGGAGAUGGAGAUUCGAAAUCACUACUCUGAGAUAAUGGAUCUUGUUGGGGACUUGUUUCCCUUCAUAUUCAGAAAAAUAGAAGAAAGGUGCCCAAAGGAACUUGAAGCUGUUAGAAAGCAAUACCCAUUUCAAUCUUUGAAGUUUCUUCCGGAAACAUUGAGGCUAACCUUUGCACAAGGGAUCCAAAUGCUCAAGGAAGCUGGCGUGGAGGUUGAUCCUCUUGGUGACCUAAACACAGAAUCCGAGAGGAAACUAGGGCAGCUUGUUCUUGAAAAGUACAAGACGGAGUUCUACAUGCUUCAUCGCUACCCAUCGGCUGUGAGACCGUUCUACACGAUGCCCUGUGAAGACGAUCCUAACUACAGCAACUCAUUCGAUGUCUUCAUCAGAGGAGAGGAGAUCAUGUCAGGAGCUCAACGUAUCCAUGACCCACAGCUCUUGGAGAAGCGCGCAAGUGAAUGCGGCAUUGAUGUCAAGACAAUAUCCACUUACAUCGAUGCUUUCAGGUACGGUGUACCACCUCACGGUGGAUUCGGAGUGGGGCUCGAACGUGUGGUCAUGCUCUUAUGUGCCCUCGAUAACAUCCGCAAAACUUCGCUAUUCCCUCGUGACUCUCACAGGCUCGCUCCCUAA